GCUUUUCUCUCCUUCUCCAAGAUGGCGGCGGUCGGCGGCGCUGAGGCGGGAUCCGAGCGAGCCUAGUGAAGACCUGGUCCUGUAGACGGGAAGGAGCCUGGACACAGGGACCCAUUCUCAAAGGCCCGGCAGGACCGCCAUGGCUUAUGAUGACUCCGUGAAGAAAGAAGAUUGCUUUGAUGGUGAUCACAGCUUUGAGGACAUAGGGCUAGCUGCUGGCCGAAGCCAACGAGAAAAGAAACGUUCUUACAAAGAUUUUUUAAGGGAAGAGGAAGAAAUCGCUGCUCAGGUCAGGAAUUCUUCCAAGAAGAAGUUAAAGGAUAGUGAACUUUACUUCUUGGGGACGGACACGCACAAGAAAAAGAGGAAGCACUCCUCUGAUGAUUACUACUAUGGAGAUAUUUCGUCUUUGGAGUCGUCACAGAAGAAAAAGAAAAAGUCUAGCCCGCAGUCUGCUGAUACAGCUAUGGACCUGUUGAAAGCGAUCACUUCCCCUCUGGCAACAGGCACCAAGCCUUCCAAAAAGACAGGAGAAAAGUCCUCCAGUUCUUCAAGCCAUUCAGAGAGUAAAAAGGAACACCACAGGAAGAAAGUCAGCGGAAGCAGUGGGGAGCUGUCCCUGGAGGAUGGUGGUUCCCACAAAUCCAAAAAAAUGAAACCGCUCUAUGUGAACACAGAGACACUGACUCUUCGUGAGCCUGAUGGGUUAAAGAUGAAACUUAUUCUCUCACCAAAGGAGAAGGGAAGCAGCUCAGUUGAUGAGGAGUCUUUUCAGUACCCCUCUCAACAAGCGACUGUGAAAAAAUCCUCUAAGAAGUCAGCUCGGGAUGAGCAAGGUGCUUUACUCCUAGGACAUGAGUUACAGAGCUUUCUGAAAACAGCCCGGAAGAAGCACAAGUCAUCCUCAGACUCACGUUCGUCUCCUGGCCCUGAAGGCUGUGGGUCUGAUGCCUCCCAGUUCCCAGAAUCCCACAGUGCUAACCUUGAUCUUUCAGGGCUUGAACCUAUUCUAGUGGAAUCAGACUCCUCCUCUGGCGGGGAGCUGGAGGCUGGGGAGUUAGUGAUCGAUGAUUCUUACCGGGAAAUCAAGAAGAAAAAGAAGUCAAAGAAGAGCAAGAAGAAGAAGGACAAGGAGAAGCAUAAAGAGAAGCGACACUCCAAGUCCAAGAGAAGUUCGGGACUUCCCGCUGCAGCAGUGGGAGAGGUCCCGGCGCCGCCCGGCCCUCCUCCCAGCGUCCCGUACACUGGAGCAGGCGCCCCUCCUCCACCGCUUCCUGGCCUCCACGCAGAUGGGCACGGUGAGAAAAAAAAGAAGAGAGAGGAGAAGGACAAAGAGAGGGACAGAGGAGAAAAGCCAAAAAAGAAGAACAUGUCAGCCUACCAGGUGUUCUGUAAGGAGUAUCGUGUAACCAUUGUGGCUGACCAUCCAGGCAUAGAUUUUGGGGAACUGAGCAAAAAACUGGCUGAGGUGUGGAAGCAAUUGCCAGAGAAAGACAAACUGAUUUGGAAGCAAAAAGCUCAAUAUCUGCAACACAAACAGAACAAAGCAGAAGCUACAACUGUGAAAAGAAAAGCAUCCAGCUCAGAAGGUUCCAUGAAGGUGAAAGCUUCCCCUGCAGGAGUACUGUCACCCCAAAAGAAAUCCCCACCCACCACCAUGCUGCUACCCGCCUCGCCAGCCAAAGCCCCUGAGACAGAGCCCAUCGACGUGGCUGCUCAUCUCCAGCUGUUGGGAGAGUCCCUGAGCCUCAUUGGACACCGCCUGCAGGAAACCGAGGGCAUGGUGGCUGUGUCCGGCAGUUUGUCAGUGCUUCUGGAUUCCAUCAUCUGUGCGCUUGGCCCCUUGGCGUGUCUGACCACACAACUACCUGAGUUGAAUGGCUGUCCCAAACAGGUCUUGUCAAACACACUAGACAACAUUGCUUACAUCAUGCCUGGACUGUGACAGCAGAGACUCCUGGGACAGAACGCUUAUCCCGCCUGCUGCUGGCUUGUGUACGUGACUGUUCCAGACCCCUUCACUGGCCUCGGGGUGUAGCUGUUAAAUUUUUAUAUAUAUGCAUAUAUAUAUAUAUAUAUCUAAUGUAUAAUAUAUACAUAGGACUGUAACUACUUUGCUUUUAAUAAUUUUAUGAAAUGGCAAAGGUUUAGCCAAGAGGAAACCUUGGCAUGAAUGUGGGCUUGGGAUUCUUUCUUCUACUGUGGUGGAUAAAUCUGCCUUAAAAAUCAGUGUAACUUGGGGGCUGGGGGCUUGUUCUGGAUGCCAAGUGCAUCGCUUUAAGGUCAGCUAAAAUGUGAUUUUUUUCCAAACUCAGUUGUACCUCCAGACCCAUCACUGACCAUUUGCCUUACCUGUCUUACAGUCUGAAAUGUAAUGGGAAAGAUUAUGGGAAGAUGUCAGUUAACUGAAAGUACAAAGCUUUUCAACUUGAAGUGACCUAGGUGGGAAGUGAUAACAUCGUUCCUAUCUGAAAGUUAUUGCGAUGGCUUAAGUGAACUUAGUAGGGGGUUCAUUCCAAUUCCUGCUCUACCAGUGUCCAUGUCUCAAAACUUACUGUAAUCAUUGGUACCAUUGGCAGCCUCAGCCGGAGCCAAGGAGAUUUGUGAGCCCUGGAGAGGGUAAAGCUGUCAGUGCCACCAGUUGAAUGGCCUAUAUCGUGAGCUGACCCAGAGCAUUUGGUCUGCAGAACUAAGAGCUGGUAUCUUCCAUUGGCAGCAUCAGCUUAGCUCACAGUUCUGCUGCUUAGCUGCUUGGCGGGUGUGGAAGGUGAGCUUUGCCCAGGCUGAUUCCUGGGUUCAUCUCAUUGGUUCCCCUGCUGGGCAGAUACACAGGGUUCUGCAUUCCACACGUAAGCGAAUUGCAAAAAAAGUACUCUGUUCUCAUGUAGGGUUAUUUAUGUGCGUGUGUGAAUGUGUGUUUUAAUUAUGUGUAUUUAACUCUUUAAACUCUCUUAGAUUUUAAUUUUAUCCUGUAAAUUUCUGUAUAUAUAAUUUAAAAACAAGAGCCUCCACCAGCAACAGCAUGUGGAAGAUACAAAUUUGUCAUUUCUGCCUCCCUUCCUUCCUCUGGUCUCCUCUGCAAACUCCAAAUCAUCUACACUUUAAGGUAUCGUGCCUCAAAAAGGAAUCAUUAUGUUGGGAUUCUAGUUCUUUACAAAUGAAUAAUGUCAAGAAAGUAAAUAAAAAGGAAUGUUACCAUUCCCAGCUGCCCUUAUUUCCAAAGAACGAGGCUUUUGCUUCCCAGUUCCAAAGAAAACAGUUGAGCACUUCAGCGUUGUUUUUAAAUUCAGUUUGAGAGUCCAUGUCAAAACCAAGCUCUGAGGUGACUGCUUUCUUCCCUUGGCCUGGACAGAGCACUGCAGCAUCAAAGUAGAUCUUUGAGGACAGUGCCGCCAGCCUAUUUAAUUCUGCUGCAUCCUAUUUAAUUCUUUCCUUUUUUUCCCACCAGUGUGGUCACAGGGCUGUGUUUCUUAAAGGUAUUCUGGCUGCUGAAUGCCUUUCUCACCUCAGAGCAGUCUUGAAAUUUAACUGGGAAACAGAAGGAAACAGGAAUGCUUGGGAACCAAAAUCACGAAGAGCAGAAAUCCUGGUUUAAUUUUGUGUGUUAGCACCUAUCCCACGCCUCCUCUGUACCCAUGUCAGUUUUCUGUUUGACACAGGGUAUCAAGGAAGGGCCUCGGAGACGUGGAUUAGUACAGAAAGAAGUCAAUCCUACCAUUGUCAUUUGUACACAUUAAUGAAGUCCUGACGAGGACCUGCUUUUUGUUUGUUUUCCUUUAAAAUCCAAACCUAUUGUAUUUGUAUUUAAAAUUUGUACACAUUUGUAUAAUAAUCGGUUCCUUGUGGUAUUUGGUACUAUUAGAGGAAAAACUUUGGAUUCAGACCUUCUUGCAGUUUUUAUAUCAUUGUUUUAUUUUGUUUUUUAAAUAAAUUCUAGCUGUUUGAUCCAAAUCCCAUUAUAGUUGUAUAAAGAAAUAAAAUUUUGUACUUAUAUUAUUAAAAAUCACAUUUUUAA